GUCGCCGCUAUUUGUAAGGAAAAACGUUAUUGUUGCUGAUGAGCAACUGAGAGUAAUAGGAGACGCAAGGGCAUACACUGUGUUGGGCUACGAGAACUGUUUAGCUGCUGCACUGAAGCUUGGGAAGAGUAAGGGAUGACGUAGGGCCUGAGGCUGGAGGACAACAGAGAUGAGCCUCACGUCCUGGUUCCUCGUGAGCAGCGGGGGUACGCGGCAUCGGCUGCCCCGGGAGAUGAUCUUUGUGGGCCGUGAUGACUGCGAGCUUAUGUUACAGUCUCGUAGUGUAGAUAAGCAGCAUGCUGUCAUCAACUAUGAGUCCAGCAGUGAUGAGCACAAAGUUAAGGAUCUGGGAAGCCUGAAUGGGACAUUUGUGAAUGAUGUCAGAAUCCAGGAACAGGUGUAUAUCACACUGAAGAUUCAAGACAAACUGAGGUUUGGAUAUGAUACCAACCUGUUCACGGUGGUGCGAGGUGAGCUACAUGUGCCAGAGGAGGCUCUGAAGCAUGAGAAGUUUACCAGCCAACUCCAGCUGGGCAAGAAGCCCACCUGUGCAGAGCACUUAAAAAGCCCCAAGUCUUCCCCGAACAAACGCAAAGCAUCCAAACCCGCAGAGCCCAUUGCUGAGCCAGCAGUCAAACCUGCAGAACCUAACAAAGGAGAUGACAAGAUGUCAGGUGAUUUAGCUACCUUGCACAGGGGGACUCCACUGUAUGGACAGCCAUCCUGGUGGGGUGAUGGUGAUGCAGAUGAUGAGAAUUCCUUUAAACAGGAGAUUAAAACAUCUGGAAGGAAACAGGAGAGCAAUGGGACAGACAGAAAAGAGGGCAAGCGGGGUGAUAAAUCAAAGGAAAAUGGUCUGGGCUCUGUAGGUGCUGAGCCCAGCUACUUUGAGAUUCCCAGAAAAGAGGGACAAAUGGCAGAAAACAGCAUCCAUGAGAUCCCAACAAAGGACACUGAGGGCAUUGGGGCAGCAAAAACUGCCUCCGGCACUACUGCUGCCGCACAGGCUAACACCUCAUUCACCAUCGAGUUUGACAACACUUCCCCUGGGAAGGUCACCAUUAAAGAUCAUGUGUUGCGUCCAAGGCCUAAAAAAUCACCUCACAUUGGGGGUAAAGACCUCCUGCAGGCAGCCAUCAUGGCCUCUGAAAGUAAGGUGGCAGACUGGCUCGCCCAAAAUGACCCUCCUCUAGUGAGGCUUGAGUCCACAGAAGAAGACAGUAAGAGCAUCAAGAGUGAUGUGCCUGUCCAUCUCAAAAGACUUAAAGGCAGCAAGCAUGAGGAUGGUACACAGAGCGAUUCUGAGAACGGCCUGGGAUUGCGCUUUGGCAGCAAGCGGCACGCUGCGUUGGAGGAGCGCCUGAGAGCUGCAGGAGUGGGACGCGUCAAAACAGAAGGUUCGGGAGCUGUGAGCCGUACCGCCUUUAUGAUCGAGUUCUAUGAUGAGGAUAACCCUUGCAAAAGGCGCUCCUACUCAUUCUCACAGACCGCACCGCUCCUUGGAGGUGUGGCAGGGGAGGGACUUUGCCCGACACCGCCCUCACACCCUAAGGUCGUCGCCACGGCAGCGGACGGCAGCAAGGGCAUGUCGUCAUCCCUGGCAGCAGUCGCCCCCACGGCUGCUCGACUUCUACUAAAGCAAAGAUCGGAGGAGAAAAAUGUGGUGCAGAGCUCUUCCGUUACUGGUCAGCCCAGUCCUACCGAUGAUGCCCAGAAGCAAGACGAUGACCAAAGUGACAAAGGCACAUACACUAUCGAACUGGAUAACCACAACCCUGAGGAAGAGGAGGCACGGCGAAUGAUCGAUAAGGUGUUUGGGGUGGAGAACUCUCAGGAUCCUGGUUGCCAUGAGCAACAGAAAGCCAGUGGUAAAGUGAAGGAUGGCAAAAUGCUCGGCUCCACUGUGUCUGAGAGACUUGUGGAGGAAUCUAUUGCAGUCGGCAGCCCUAGCUGGGUUUCGCAGUGGGCCAGUUUAGCUGCUAAUCAAACAAGAACAGACCCAGAGGGUUCUGGAGCAGAACCACCCGCUUUCAUCCAUCAAGAGCGAGAUGUUGAUGCCUCUUUCAAGAGCACUGGCUCCACCACUUCCAGCCAAGCUGAUCGAAAGCGAAGGACUCUUCCCCAGCUUCCCACAGAGGAGAAGAUUAAGCGUUCUGAGAUCGGUGAGAAGCAAGACACAGAACCCCAGGAAAAAGAAAGCCACAGUGACCAUAAAGCUGAUGGCAAGUGUCUUGGCACUCAGGACAACAAGAAUAUUGAGUCUGGCAAGUCAUGCCAAGCCAAGACCUUCCAGCAGGAUGGGAAGGCAAGACACAUUUCAUCCUCUAAGUCUUCUGUACGCUCCCUGGAAAAUGGGGAGAGGAGAACCGAGGAGAAUCACAGGAGGUGUUCCGAGGACAAGAGUAAAGAAAGUGAUGGGGAGAGGUCUGGGAAGCCACUGGUGAGGCAGGGCAGCUUUACCAUUGAGAAGCCCAGUGGUAACGUACCUAUAGAACUGAUUCCUCGCAUCAACAGGCAAAAUGGUGGGAGGGAGCGUAGCGACUCAGUGGGCAGCAUGGACACAGCGACUCUUCUCAAAGACACUGAAGCUGUAAUGGCAUUCCUUGAAGCUAAGCUCCGUGAUGAGAAAAAGGUGGACUUAGCAGUGCCACCUAGCUGUCCCCCCAUAUGCCCUGUGUUCCCUGAGUCAGAUAUUGACACGGCAAACACUGUCAGCCAGGCGGCGACUGAUGGUGAUCGUAAGGCUGUGCAGAAGCGGCGCUCUCUCAGCAGCCUUUAUAGAGAGAAAAGUAAUGCAAGCACUAUCACAAAAGCCACGGGCAGCACGAGAGAACGUCCGGAGAGGAAGGCCAAGACCAAGACUACAGAGAGCCGUUCAGAUGCUCGUCGUUCAGCGCAAACUGCUUUGCGUGGCCGCCAACAAUCCCAGGAUCUCACUGAUGAUGACCAGACGUCUUCUAUAGCCAUCUCUGACAUCCUGUCCUCUGACCAGGAGAUGUAUUCCAGUUGCUCACACACCAAAAGUCACUUCACCUCCACAGAUGAUCUCUUGCAGUCCAAGCUUGAUACUAACAAAAUGUCCAUGAAGCCCAGCAAGACUCCGCAAACUAGCAACACAGCCCUCACAAAGCAGACUGGUGCUAGUUUGCCCCAACCCCGUCCUACGAGGGCGUCCAUGUUGCGUAGGGCUCGGCUCGGGGACACGUCAGACACAGACCUGGCAGAUGCAGACAGGGUUUCCGUGGCAUCUGAGGUGUCCACCACCAGUUCAACUUCUAAACCACCAUCGGGAAGGAAGGCACAGUCACGCAUUGACAUGCUAGCGCAACCUCGGCGAACCAGGCUUGGUUCGUUUUCAGCACGGAGCGAUUCAGAGGUGACAGUCAGUCGGACCACAUCAACCCGUUUGUCAUCGGAUACAGCCCUUCGCCUUGGACUGCGAAGCACAAGUCAGCAAGCAACAGAUAGCAAGCUAACUGCACGCUUGCGGGCCAAUAGUGUCUCCAAGCUAAAGGAACCCAAGCCGAAGACAGAACCUGUUAACACCACUCCAUCAGCCAAUAACAGGUGGAGACGGCUACCUCCUGAAUACGCCUCUACCUCCGAAGAUGAGUUUGGCUCCAUUCGUAACUCUCCCAAACACAUUCGUCUGCGGCCUGGCACCACCUUUCGCGCCAGCAGGUUGGGUGGUCCCGCUCCUGUCACGACCAGCCCCGGGGGCCAUCUCCUUAAAAACAGGAUGAGAGAACAGGAGGAGUACAUACGAGACUGGACAGCCCACAGCGAGGAGAUUGCCAGGUUAUUUCCCUGUGUGCGCAGGAUCAGCCAGGACCUCGCCAAGGAUCUGGCCAUCCUGGCAAGGGAGAUCCACGACGUGGCAGGCGAGAUCGACUCAGUCAGCUCUUCUGGCACUGCCCCCAGCACCACAGUCAGCACAGCUGCGACCACGCCAGGAUCUGCCAUCGACACCAGGGAGGAGCUGGUGGAGAGAGUUUUUGACGAAAGUCUAAACUUUAAGAAGAUUCCCCCUGUAGUUCACACCAAAACCACAGAGAGCAAUGGCAGACCAGUGGAGCUUCGUCCCAGAGCCCCAGACAGCCUUGACCCUCAGACGGCCCUGCGCAGACGUACCUGGAACCGGGAUGAUGCUUUGCUAGACAGUUUACUGCUGACAUCGGUUUCACAACUGUCUUCCAAAAUCCGACAGUCUGUAGAUAAAACUGCAGGCAAAAUCAGGAUAUUGUUUAAGGACAAGGAUAGGAACUGGGAUGAUACUGAGAGUAAACUCUAUUUAGAAAAUGAAGUUCCACUUCCCAAAACUACAAACAAGGAAAUUUCAGCUAUACUAACAGAGCUCAAGAGGGUAGAAAAGCAGAUUCAAGUUAUAAAUGUCAUGGUGGACCCUGAUGGAACCCUCGAUGCUUUGACUAGCCUCGGUAUGACCAGUCCUACUACCCCUAAACCCAGAACCAGCCCUGGAUCUCAGAGCAUAUGGGGGGCCCUGCCCGGUAAUGGAGCCUGCCAGCCACCUCCCAUUUCCAGCCCCAGCCAAGAGUUACCCAGUGUGGGACUCAACUUUAACCGCACGCACCCCACUGGAGAGGAGAGUGCCAUUGCUAGCAAGUGAUCUAAGCAUAAUAA